AUGGUUUUGUAUUUUCCAUCUGCUUCACUCGGUUGCUCGGUACGUGUAAAACAGAGUCCAGUAGCACGUAUGACCCAGAAAUCGUGUGUAAGAAUGGGCAUUAAUAAUGACAGCUCCACCAGCAGCGCAGCAGUACAGAACACACCCGUAGACAUCCCAUCUGUGCCACAACAACAAACAUCAAAAAGAAAGCUAAAUGAUAACGAACACGAUAUUCGGCCGGCCAAACGAAUAUUCGAUGAGAAUGAGACAGAGGAAACGAAACGUUUAAACUUUCAACAAUUGCAAAGACUUGUUUUGUUGAAGCAAAAUAAAGUUCUUUCAUUGAAAUUAAAAGUUUUAGAAGAUCGGGUUGCAGAAAAGGAGCUAAAUUUGGACGAAUAUUAAAACAUAAAAUUCAUUAUACUUAUUUUUACUGAAUAUCUGUUUUUUUUUAACUAACACUAAAACUUAAAAGUAA